AUAUUGAAUUUUUUUGUUAUUUAUCUUUGAAUAGAAAAACACACAAUGUUUGGUCUUAAAAUAAUGGCAGUAAACUAGGGUUUUGAAAAGAAAAUUCAUGGUAUGUCGGUGGGAAAUGCAGGAACAAGCAUGACCAACGAAGGGAAUGGGAGUAUAUGAGUGAGAGCAAGUGACUGUAUCAUGAGAUCCAUAAUCUCUUUCUCUCAAUCUUUUUUUAAUUUUUAAAAUUUUCUGAAUAUUCUUUUUAUUAUUAAUUUUUAGUAUAAGUAUGUUUUUGAUUUGAUCAAAUCGAGAACGUUGAAGGACUUCGACCUUUGAUCACUUGGAGCUUCGAUCUGGUUGUCAGAUUCCCAUUAUUGGUUUCCUGGUUCUUUGAUGCUUCUGCUAAUGAAGAUUGCAAGUACAUCUCAGAGAAUUUCAUGCGUUUAAAUUGGAAACGUGGCUUCUUUAGUGUGGAUUCGAUAGAAAAAGGUGGUUCUGGUUAGUUCAAAGAUUCAGUAUCUCGAUUGAUGUUCGUAUUGGCUUUUAUUUGCGAACAUGGAAUGGUAUGCUUGACGCCAAAAGAGGAACUUUGAAGCUGAAGAGCUCAUCUUUUAACUGAGCAUUAGUUCCGGGUAAAGCAGUUCAUGCGAUCUAGUAGUUGAGUGAAGGGGAAAAAUUUUAGGUUCUGAUAUCAAGAUGGGAUAUCAGUUCUCCAAGCUCGUGCCGUGUUGUUUGGAUUCUCAAUUUAAGGGAUCAGUUCUGGAGGAACCUGAAAUUGCAGAGAAUGAGGAGAAAAGUGAGGCUUAUGGCUUGCCUGCCUUCCGUGAGUAUACUCUUGAGCAGCUUAGGAUUGCUACAUCUGGUUUUGCUGUAGAGAACAUUGUGUCUGAGCAUGGGGAAAAAGCACCAAAUGUCGUCUACAAAGGGAAGCUGGAGAAUCAAAGGCAUAUUGCUGUUAAGAGAUUUAAUAGGAUGGCUUGGCCUGAUGCACGGCAGUUCUUGGCGGAGGCAAGAGCCGUUGGCCAGCUUCGUAACAAUAGAUUGGCGAAUCUACUUGGUUGUUGCUGCGAAGCGGAUGAGAGGUUGCUUGUGGCGGAAUAUAUGCCCAAUGAUACGCUUGCGAAACACCUAUUUCAUUGGGAAAGUCAGCCUAUGAAAUGGGCAAUGCGGUUAAGGGUGGCUCUACAUCUUGCACAGGCUCUGGAAUAUUGUACCAGCAAAGAGCACCCCCUUUAUCAUGAUCUUAAUGCCUACAGAAUUUUAUUUGAUGAUGAUGGUAACCCCAGACUUUCACCCUUUGGCCUGAUGAAGAAUAGUAGGGAUGGAAAAAGUUAUAGUACAAACUUGGCAUUUACUCCUCCAGAGUAUUUGAGAACUGGAAGAGUGACACCAGAAAGUGUAAUAUACAGCUUUGGCACCCUUUUGUUGGACCUUCUCAGUGGAAAACACAUUCCUCCCAGCCGUGCUCUUGACUUGAUACGUGACAAAAACAUUCAGAUGCUGACAGAUUCUUGCUUGGAAGGACAAUUUUCAAAUGAUGAUGGGACUGAGUUAGUACGCAUAGCAUCUCUGUGUUUACAAUAUGAACCUCGGGAACGGCCAAAUCCAAAGUCAUUAUCGGCUGCUUUGACUCCUCUUCAGAAGGAAACUGAGGUUCUUUCUAAUAUGUUGAUGGGUAUACCGCAUAGUGGUGCACUCUUACCUCUGUCCCCUCUUGGUGACGCUUGCUCACGAAUGGACUUGACUGCCAUACAUGAGAUCUUAGAGAAAAUUGCUUACAAAGAUGACGAGGGAACGGCUACUGAGUUGUCAUUCCAAGUGUGGACCAGCCAAAUACUGGAGACAUUGAACUUAAAGAAAAAGGGUGAUGCUGCUUUUCGACACAAAGAACUUAGGACUGCGAUUGAAUGCUAUACCCAGUUCAUUGAUAUUGGAACCAUGGUUUCUCCAACAGUCUUUGCACGUCGUAGCCUGUCUCAUCUCAUGAGUGACAUGCCCCAGGAAGCUCUGAAUGAUGCAGUACAAGCUCAAACUCUUUUCUCUGAAUGGCACAUUGCAUCAUAUCUGCAAGCUGCCGCUCUGCGUGCACUAGGAAGGGAAAAUGAAGCUCAAGUAGCAAUCAAAGAGGCUACAGCUCUUGAAGUGAGAAGAAAUGCCGGUGCUGGACAAUAGAGAGAAGUGACUGGUGGAUCCAUGGAACUCUCAAUUACUUCUCUAGCUGCCCUUGUAAUGAUUGUAAUGCCUUCUGGGCAUAAUGACCGGGCCCUUGUUCGAUUCCAAAAUUCAACACGGUGCUUUGAAUCACAAGGUAGCUAGCCUCCUAAUUUUUUCAUGCCACCUCUGCCAUGGGGGCAGGUUCUAUUGGUUUUUGAAGGCAUUCCUGGCAAAUGUUUGGAUGGGUGGUAGGUUGUCGUCAUUCCUAGUGGUUGAAGGGAGCUUUGCAAUUUUUCUUUUUACCUAUUUGUGAAAUCAUUCCCCUCGAACAGUUUAUCAGCUCUUUUUCCUCAGGUUAGACAUUCAUUGAAAUGCUCUUGCAAUAACUUACAUCUGUAUGCUCUUUCCUGCCAAUUUUUGUGGAACAAAGGGAACAGGGGUAAUGAGAUACUGUUCAAAACUUGUAAUUUGUGUACAGCAACUGGUUCUGGUUUGCUUUGUUGAUUAAAUUGGUUGCUUCUUAUUUGGGUUGUUC